AUGAAGAUCGUAACAGCCCUCCUUUUCAGCAUCUUCGCUUCCUCUGCUCAAUCUGCAAUAUGCCCGAUUCUCUCGACACCAAGCUAUGGAACCAAAGACGCAAUCUUCACCGCAUGCUCCAAUAUAACUAUCGAUGCACCAGCCGAUCUCGUGUAUAAAAUCCUCACUGACUUUGACUCGUACCACGAAUGGAACACUUUUGUUGUUAAUGUCGAGCUCCUCAGCACACCACCGUAUCAAGUAGGAUCACGAAUGCGCUUCACUGAUGCCAAUCUUUUUCCAUUAUUCAAUACUACAAGCGAUGAAAUCAUCACAUCGUUAUCGCCGGAAAAUACUACUGCAGUGUGGCGUUAUGACAUCCCAACCCCAGCACUGAUCCUAGCGGAGCACGUCUCACAACUCACGUCUCUAGGAGAAAGUCAAUCUUUUUACAAUAGCUGGGAAACGUACUACAGAGCUGCUAGCCUCUUGGUUGAUAUCACUCUUCAAGAGAAACUGAUUUCUGCUUUUGAACAGCAGGGCAAGGAUCUGAAGCAGCGUGCUGAAAGUCUGCAAACAACAAAAGCUUGA